GAGGGGGGUCCGGCGCGGAUCCUAGAAAUCUUCGUGGGGAUCCGAAAGUUUCUGUGUAUGCCGUUUUCGGUUCGUUUGUGAUGGUUGGGGGAUGAGGCCAAACUGCGUUUGCGGUUCCAUUGGCUCCCUCCGAGGUAUUGUCGUCAUCUGCGCCACCAACUUCGUGAAGUCCCUCGACCCGGCCCUGAUGCGGCCAGGCCGCCUGGACAAGCACGUGGUGGUGCCGAUCCCGGACCUAGACAAGGCCGCACAGAGAUCCUCGAGAUGUACGCCUCCAAGCUCGUGCUGGACCCGGCCGUGGAGUUGGUCACGCUGGCCAAGCGCACCGCUGGCAUGACCGGGGCGGAUUUGUUCAACAUCCUGAACAUCGCGGCCGUGCGCUCAUCGGCCCAGAACAUGACGGCCGUGACGGCCAGGUACAUAGAGGACCCAAGGGGGGCAUUCGACCGCGUCGUGGUCGGGCUGGAGAGGCGCAACCCAAUGAGCGACCUGGAAAAGAAGAUGACGGCAUACCACGAGGGCGGGCACGCGCUGGUGGGGCUGCACGCGCACGGCGCCGACCCCGUGCACAAGGCCACGAUCAUGCCGCGGGGGAGCGCCCUGGGCGUCACGUGGAGCAUCCCCGAGAAGGACCCUUUGGGGGAGGAGUUCUCCGAGCGCCUCUUCGAGCUGCAGGCUCACCUGGACGUGGCCAUGGGGGGCAAGGCGGCCGAGGAGCUCAUCUUCGGGGCGGACAACGUGUCCGCGGGGUGCACCUCGGACCUGCAGGGCGCGACGCAGCUGGCGCGGCGCAUGGUGAUGAACUUCGGCAUGGCCGGAGAGAGCGCCGCGCCCCUGUACCUGAGCGUGGACGACUACGCCAUCCUGUCCGACGAGGCCAAGCGCGAGAUAGACCAGAAGACGCAGCGGCUCCUGACAGACGCCUACGGCAGAGCCGCGGGGAUACUCGAGGCGCACAAGGACGAGCUGCACAGGCUCGCCGAAGCGCUGGUGGAGUACGAGACCCUGAGCGCCGAGGAGAGAUCGACAGCGCCAUCAAGG